AUGCGUUUAAUAAUUUUUGUUGUUGUAUUUUUUGCUGUUAUUGCUUUGGCUGUUUUAAAUCCAGUUGAUUUUGAAGAGCAGAAUUUUGAAGGACCAAAUUUUGAAGAUCAACAAUUUCUCGAUGAAUCAGUUCCAUUUGUUCGUAAUAAGAGACUUACCUGUGACAUCUUAGGAAGUACUCCAGCUUGUGCAGCUCAUUGUAUUGCCAGAGGAUAUCGAGGUGGUUGGUGUGAUGGACAAUCUGUUUGCAACUGUCGUCGUUAA